AUGUCCAGCAAAAAGAAACAACAAAAAGCCAUGGCUCCAGAUUCGGAUGAAGAAUCACCAAAUUCAUUGAAAUUGAGUAACAAUCGUUACCUAACCGUUUCGGACUUUAAGAAUAAAGUACGUGUUGAUAUACGUGAAUAUUAUCGCAAUGAAGAUGGUGAACGAAAACCAGGAAAAAAAGGCAUCAGUUUAUCGAUGGAAGAAUGGAAAAAAAUUGUAUCCAAUAUGGAUAUGAUUAAAAAAAUGAUUAAAGAUCAAGGUGAUUCAGGUUCUGAAUGA